AUCCAGCUCCACACUUUGUUAUCUUGGAUUCUCCAGCGUCUGCAGUUCCCAUUAUCACUUACUUUACCUUGAACCGUUUUUCAUCGAAAGAACAAGGAUGAAAUCACAGUUGCUUUUGUUUCUGUUCGCGGUGUUUCUUCUGGAUGCAGCCACCUGUGUGACUGAGAAAAAGCGAGGCCCAAAGGUAACAGCCAAGGUAUUCUUCGACAUUCAAAUUGGCGGUAAAGAUGUUGGAAGGAUCGUUAUUGGUUUAUUUGGUAAAAUUGUUCCAUUGACUGCGGACAACUUUAUCACCUUAGCAACUGGUGAGAGAGGGUUUGGUUACAAAGGCAGCACGUUUCAUCGUGUGAUCAAGGAUUUCUUGAUACAAGGUGGAGAUAUUACUUCAAGUGGAAAAGGAGGAAAAAGCAUCUAUGGAGAUACUUUUCCUGAUGAAAACUUCAAGCUGAAACACUAUGGAAUUGGAUGGGUCAGCAUGGCUAAUUCAGGACCAGAUACUAAUGGCUCCCAGUUUUUUAUUUCAUUGACAAAACCAAAGUGGCUAGAUGGAAAGCAUGUGGUGUUUGGCAAGGUCAUAUCUGGAAUGCCUGUGGUACACAUGAUAGAGCUCCAGGAAACAAACAGUGAAAACUUACCUCUUCAAGACUGUGUGAUUGUAAAUAGUGGCAAGAUAGACGUGAAGGAACCCUUUGUGGUUGAAGUAAAUGAAGAUGACUAGAUAGCAGACCAGUGUCACUCAGGAAUAACACAGGAUAUGAGAGGAUGACAGUUUCUUGUAACAUCUUUGUUAGUGAUAUACCAAAGCGUUAUUCUACAUUUUCUACUGGACUUCUCAAGCAAGGAUUGACUCAUACAUUUCAAAGAUUAUUUGCAGUGCACUAAUCUAGAUAUGGAUGUGCGGAGCAUCCUUUCUCUAUGAGAAGCUUCUCCUGAAUAUGGAGCUGUGAAGAGCAGAAGCACUCCUCUGACAAAAUGUUAAGGUGAUUAAUUGGCCCCACUCUCCUGCAAACCCAUCCCCAAGCACUGUGACCUGACCCACUUUAAUGACAGAUGACAUAAAGUUAGCAGUGGCAUACCUGUUGACUCCCUGUGGGCUCACAUCAUGUACUGGCUCUGUUGAAAUGAGACCCGAGGCCCAAUCUUGAUGCAGUGUUAGAUCUCACCAUUCAGGUGCAACGAAUACAUAAAUUGGGGAUAAAUUUUAGGCCUAUAUUUUUAGUACAACUAUGAAAUUGCAGAAUGAUUCAGUGCUGUUUACAUUAGUUGCAAUGCUCUUUACUUUGUUCCACUUAAACUUUUAUAAAAUUGCUGUUUCACAAAUAUGUUAGUUGUAUAGUAUCAUUUUUAUUAAAGUUAUAUUUGCAACCUAACAGAUAAUGUAUUUAUGAUAAACUUUGUUCUCAGCCAGAAAAGUUACAUUAUUAUAAUAUUUUCUUAAUGAUUUUAAUCAAAAAUGCUACUUAAGUGGAAACAUCCAUAGACCUUUGGUCACCUAGAAGGACAAGGACAGCAGAUACAUAGCAGCAUCACCACUUGCUCUUAGCAUCCUGACUUUGUAUGAUAUGAACUGUCUGUACUGCUCACAAAACAAAACUUUUCACUGUACGUCUGACAACCAUAAAUCAAGUCAAAAAAUUCUUGGAAAUAUAUACUGAUUCUUCACUGUUGCUGAUCAAGAUCCUGGAAUUCCCUUCCUAACAGCAUUGCUGGUUUGCCCACUUCAAGUAGACUGUAGUGGUU